AUGCUUACUUCACGUUUCAAUCCCAUUCGUUUAGUACUAUCUUCAUCAGCAGAAGUCCUGUUUGGAUCUAUACUAAUCUAUCAAUUUCGGCUUUUGGAGCGACAAUGGGGAUCAGCAAAGUUUGCUGCCUUUUUCACGCUCUCGUCGCUGAUUUCAACGUGUACAAGUCUUGCGUUUCUUGUCUUGUUCCGUCCAUCUGUAGAUCGCAUUGCUUUGGGACCAUUUGGGUUUAUUGCAGCUUCAACUGUAUUGUACUCGGUACAAGUACCAGCUUCAUACUACUUUAAAUUGUUUGGUAUUGGCUGGAGCGAUCAUUCUUUUAUCUAUAUUCUUGCUAUGCAGCUGGCUUUUAUUUCAUCUCCUUUGUCGAUUUUCGCUUGGGUUGGUGGAAUAAUAGCAGGAGGAAUCUAUACAACAAAUACUGGAAAUAUCAAACAAUGGCGGUUUCCAACAUGGAUACGAUCUAUAGUGUCCUCUUAUAUUUUACCACUUUUAGAAUCUUCCCAUGGCGAUUCCUCAAAUGAUGGAUCUAAUCCACUUUCUACAGCUACUACACCAGCAGAUCAACGGCGUUCUACCUCUACACUUUCUUCCCACAAUGCUUCUGAAGUCAUUGCAGAUCCUCAUCUUGUAGAAACUCUCACUGGAAUGGGAUUCGAGCGCGAGGCUUCCAUCGCAGUACUUGUUCAAGCUCGCAACAACCUUGACACUGCCAUUGUGAUGUUGGUGGAACAUACUUGA